AUGGCGGCGCCGCGCCACCGGGACACGGGACACAACGGGACACGGGACACACCGGGACACGGGACACACCGGGACACGGGGCUACGGCGGGGAGCGGGGCGGGCCCAGGACGAGGCACGGCUCCCCGGCCCGGCCGCCUUCAGCGAGGAGGACGACGAGGACGAUGAGGACUCGGAGGAAGAUUCCUCGGAGAGCGACUCGGAGGAGGACUCGGAGGAGCACGGGGCCGCGCUGGAGGGUGACUUCAAUCCAGCAGAUUUUGACUACCUGCAAGUGUCUUCUGAAAUCAAAGAUCUCUUUGAAUACAUCAACAGGUACACUCCCAAAACAAUAGAGAUUGAGCACAAGCUGCAGCCUUUUAUUCCAGACUUUAUUCCUGCUGUUGGAGACAUUGAUGCAUUCCUAAAGGUUCCUCGUCCCGAUGGCAAGCCUGACAACCUUGGCCUGCUGGUCCUGGAUGAGCCCUCAACCAAGCAGUCAGAUCCCACCGUGCUCUCCCUUUGGCUGACAGAGAACUCCAAGCAGCACAACAUCACACAGCAAAUAAAAGUGAAGAGUUUGGAGAAUGCAGAACAGAACCCUAAAGCCAUUGAGAGCUGGAUUGAAAGUAUUAGUGAACUGCAUCGCUGCAAGCCUCCUGCCACAGUCCAUUACUCCAGGCCAAUGCCUGACAUCGAGACCCUGAUGCAGGAGUGGUCACCAGAAUUCGAGGAGCUCCUGGGAAAGGUGGGUCUUCCGAGUGCAGAGAUGAGCUGUGACCUUGCCGAGUACAUCGACAUGAUCUGCGCCAUUCUGGACAUCCCCGUGUACAAGAGCCGGAUCCACCCUCUGCAUGUGCUCUUCUCCCUCUUCUUGGAGUUCAAGAACUCGCAGCACUUCAAGCCCCUGGCUGAUGGGCAGAAGGGCAGGAGCCCACCGUCCAACCCACCCUCACAAGCAGCGGAGGCAGAGGUGUUGAGCUUUAAUUGAUGCUACACAUUAAAGCCUCAUCUCCUGGAUCACUGUCUGCCACUGGACUCUGAGGUGUGCCCAGAGCAGGUUGGGAGAUACCACACAGCAAAUCAGAAGCCUCUCUGAUCUUAGAGACAUUGCUGGGCUGUUCUGUGUUAGGGAGUAGGGCUUGACUCAUCAUAUUUGUUUCAGAAGCUGCCUAAUGGCUCAAUUUUUGUCUUGUUCCCAAGGAGUUCAGCAUUAAACCAGCCUUUCCCAG